AUGCACAUGCAUGUCACCAGUAUCAACCGGCCCUGGACUCAACAAGAUCUUGACAUUGGAUCACCAGAGUGGCCUAUUAUCUGGAGCACGUUUCCUGAUGGGGCGGACUGGUUCCUUGAGAAGGAUGUUGCUCUCAAUGCCCUGGAGAAGUGGAGACAUGAUAUGUGCACAGGAGCACCAGGCCAUUCGAAGCCCAUUGUCGAUGUUAUUGCUGAAAAUGGCAAUCAUGUAUUUGGCAGAUUUGGAAGACAUCUUGCUAAUGACUUCCUUUACUAUGCUGCAAAUUUCCCUGGUGCUCCUUGCUCCUGGGUUUGCUCUGAUGAUGCAUGCUUCUCCCACUUCACCUCUCGUAUUGUGAGCUAUACUCAGAUUUGGCAGUCUGCUGACUUUCUGAAACGAUGUGGCAUGUCAACCAACUCUUCCAAUCCUUUCGCAUUCAAUACAACAUCUGAUCGUAAUUAUACUGCUGGAUUUAUCUGGGUAUUCAGGAAGGCAUUUGUCAAGAUUCCACAGGACUUGUAUAACCAGUACCUACGAGAAGGACUAUUCAAUCCAACUCAUAAGAUAGGUGGGUUGAUCUUCCUUUUCUGUUUAUCCUGA